AUGUUGGGUGGCGUGGCAGGUCGGCACGUGUCUACACGUCGGCGUGGCAGUAAUCCGCUGGUGCGUGGAAGCGUGGGCCUCAUCGGCUAUGGUGGGAUCGGCGGUGGUCCUGGAAACGCGGCCGAUGGCGGCGCGACGCACUUGGAUACGAUGCCCCGGUAUGCCGCCAGGAGACGGAGGGCCGUCACCACCAGCGACCACAAGAGCUGCGCCCUUAUACAGACGCGGCUCAAGCUUGGCGAUAUUAUGUGA